AUGUCGGUGUGCGGCGGCCCCGGCGACGCGGCGGCCCCGCGACUGCGGCCCCGCGCCGCCCUAAUGGCGCGGCGGCCCGAGCUGCUGUGCGGCGCGGCCAUCGUGCUGGGCUGCGCCUUCCUCAUCGCCCUCAAAGUCACCUGCAGCCGAGCAAAAGAUGUAACAAUGCCAGCGAAGCUUCCAGUGAGUUUUUUCUCCCCGAGAUCUGCAGUGAUUGAUCUGUUCCGGGGGCAGCUGGACUACGCGGAGCAGCUCCGGCAGGACUCGGAAAUUGUGCUCUACUUCUUCUACGCGCCCUGGUGCGGGCAGUCCAUCGCAGCCAGAGAGGAGAUAGAACACGUGGCCAGCAGGUUGUCAGACCAGGUGCUGUUUGUGGCUGUAAAUUGCUGGUGGAACCAGGGGAAAUGCAGGAAGCAGAAGCAUUUCUUUUAUUUUCCUGUGAUACACUUGUACCAUCAAAGUUUUGGACCAAUUGAAUACAAAGGCCCUAUGAGUGCUGUUUAUAUUGAAAAGUUUGUUCGCCGGGUGAUGACACCACUACUCUACAUCUCGUCUCGAUCAAAAUUACUAGAUUUCCUCUCAAAUUAUGAGCCUGGAGUUGUGGGAUUUUUUGAGUUCAAUGCUUCACCUCAACCGCCUGGUUAUUUAACAUUCUUCACAUCAGCAUUACAUUCAUUAAAGAAAGAUUACCUUGGCACAAUGCGCUUUGGCGUGGUCACGGAUAAGCGUGUGGCAGAGGAGAUCUCCCUGGUGCACUCUGGCAGUGUGUAUUUGCACAGACAUGCCAACACAUCUCUUAUCUAUCCAAAAGACAUCAUGAACUUCACUGCUGAGAACAUUUGCAAGUGGGCUCUGGAAAAUCGGGAGAUGCUCAUCCGCUGGCUGAGACCUCAUGGUGGGAAAAGCCUUCUUCUAAACAAUGAGCUGAAGAAAGGACCAGCACUUCUCAUAUUUAUACCUUAUAACCCCCUAGCAGAAAUUCAUCCUCUUUUAGAUGAAAUUACCAAAGUGGCCUUGGAAUACCACAAGUGUAAUAAAAGCCAGGCAGCUGAGGCAGACCUUCAGCCUGCAGGAGACUCUGAUUCACCAGCUUUUGAUUCCUCAGUGACAGAUGCACAGCUGAAGUUCCCUGAAACGUUUCCCAUAGCCAAGUACCCGUGCUGUAACACGGUGGUGCUUCCACAGUGGCACUCCAUCUCCAGAACCCACAAUGUCUGUGAGCUCUGUGUUAACCAGACUCUUGGUGUCAAACCAAAUAAAGUCCAUGUGCCACACUGUAACUUCUUAGAGAUAGAAGCAGCUUUGGACUCUUUCUACCUCCAGGAACAUACUUUUUUCCAAGUAAUAUCAAAUACCAUAGAAUGCAGCAAUUUCUUAAGUUUCUAUAGUCCCUUUAGCUAUUACACUGCAUGUUGCAGGACAGUAAACAGGCAUUUUUUAAGUCUCAUGAGUUCUGAGAAGACCAUCUUUGAGACCCCCAAAGUAGCAUUUUCUUCCCAUGGGAAGAAAGAUAACACUCAAUUUUCUAUUCCUCACAUUGAGGAUAGGAAUUGUUUUAUUCCUGACCUUAAUAUUAGUAGCAUGAACAUUACUGGUCUGAGCUGCAGGACCAACAAAACCUUGAAUCUCUAUCUACUGGAUUCAAAUCUUUUUUGGAUAUAUGCAGAGAGACUAGGAGCAUCAAGAUCUACUCAUCUUAAGGAAUUUGCUGCCAUUGUUGACCUGAAAGAAGAAGUGCACUAUGUUCUGGACCAGAAUCAGUCACUUGUUGGACCUACCCUAGAGACCUUCAUUAAAAACUUCAGCGUUCUCUACAGUCCCUUGAAAAGGCAUCUGGUUGAUGACCCUUCAGUCCAUUUUGAUGAGGAGCAUGUGGUGACUGAAGUGACCACGAGCACCUUCCACCAGACCGUGUUCCUGAGUGCCAAGAAUGUCUUGCUGCUGUAUUAUGCACAGUGGUGUGGAUUCUGUGCUUCUCUUAAUCACAUCUUUAUUCAACUUGCUCGGCUUUUGCCUCCUGACAGUUUCACUGUGGCAAGAAUUGAUGUGACUCGAAAUGACCUUCCCUGGGAAUUUAUGACAGACCGUCUCCCAACCAUUUUAUUUUUUCCUCAUCAGAGGAAGGAGCAAAGUGUGAAGUUCCCUGAAGACUUUUCAGUUAACCUUCCCAAUCUCCUGAAAUUCAUUUUACAUCAUUCAAGUCUUUCUCCAUCAGAGCCCUGUACCAGAGAAUGCCUACAUAAAGAGUCAGUUCUACAGCAAGGACACAUCUCACACUUGGAGAGAGAAAUUCAGAAGUUGAGAUCAGAAAUCAGUGCCCUUCAUCAGGCCCAUGACCAGCUUGAAGCACAGCUCUCUGAAGCCAGGAGAGAGGAGCAGAGACUACAGCAGCAAAAACACACCCUGGAAAAGCAGCACAAGACUCUGCAGCUCCACAGUGAGCAAUUACAGGCCACAUAUGACCAGAAGAAUCAAGAAUUGUUAGAAAUGGCUGAAAAGCUUCAAGAAUUAGCUGAUGCAUCAGAAAACCUCCUUAAAGAAAAUGCUUUACUGAGAAUUCUGGUGGCAUCAAGAGGAGGAAAGCUACAGAGCAGAGAUGAAAUUGAAGAACCCCUUCAAUCUGAGCAAACACUUUCUGAAGAUGAUAUAUCACUUUCAACAGCUACUGCUGCUUUAGAGGAAAAAAGGAUUGAUAAUAUUGAUACCAUAGAGACAGAGCACAGUAGUGGAAAUAGGACAGAAUAAUUGCUUACACAAAGUCAAGUGAUGCAGUAUUGGGUAGGUAUUUAUGCAAAUUUUAUUGACAUUCAUUGUAAAUAAAGACUUCCCCCCACAUGAUCUAGAAAAAGAAAAAUCAAAUGGAAUAUUUUUGUAUACUUGAACAACUUAUUAGAUACCCCAUCUUAAGAGAAGAGGAGAAUGGAAAACACUUUCUGCACUUUACUAUUGCACUAACUUGCCAACACCUAUCCAUUUAAAUGAAAGAUACUGGUUUGUAGGGGCAGCAGUGUGCAGCACCUCUGACUAAGGACCAGUUAGUUUUCACUGGCUUUCUCUUGCAGCUGCUAGAAAGGAAAUCAGACCUUUGAUUUAUACUUUUCCAUAAUUUCUGAAAUUUGCCCUUUACACUGCAUUCUCUUUGCUGAAUUAAAAUAGACACUUUAUCUGUGUAAUCAGUAAACUUGAAUGGACAAAGUCA